AUGGUCCGCGAGACGGUUCGAGAUCCCAAUCAAGGUCUUCUGUCGACCAGAGCAGGCGAGGAGAAAGAUGAGAGGCCAAUUGAGAUGCGGAUCGAGGCCAGUCGCGGCGAGCUGUUCUCCAUGGCAUAUGACAAGCUGGUGAUCGGUGUUGGCGCGUACAGUCGGACAUACGGCAUUCCUGGCGUGAAAGAGAAUGCGUUCUUCUUGAAAGAUGUGCAAGAUGCGAGGAAGAUCCGCAAUAAGCUGCUGUCGUGCUUCGAGACGGCAGCUUUACCUACCACGCCGGUAGCACUCAAGAAGCAGCUGUUGAAUUUCGCAAUUGUCGGCGGUGAACCUACUGGUAUUGAGUUCUCCGGUGAGCUCCAAGACAUCGUCCGUGAGGACAUGACCAAGCUGUACCCGGGUCUGAUCGAGCACGUACGAAUCACCGUGUACGACGUAGCCGACAAGAUCUUGCCAAUGUUCGACGAGACCCUUGCGAAGUACGCAGCAGAGCACUGUAUCAAAGAAGGCGUCAAUGUCAAGACCAGUCACAGGAUCCGUGGGCUGAAGCGAGGAUUUCCGAAGGUGAACGGGUCGGGCAACUUGCACGACGAUGUGAAGGCUAGCGGCUUCACGUUGAGUCUCCAGAACGGCGAGGAAUCUGAGGUUGGCUGUGGUCUGGCUGUCUGGAGCACUGGCUUGAUGAGCAAUCCGUUCGUCGACAAAGCGCUGAGUCCAAGCUUUACCGCACCAGCGUCCUGUGUACGCAUGUUGAACGACAUCAAUCCGAGUCCAGAAGUACGUACUGAACAUGGGCGUCAUGAGUAG